UGCCCCAUCAUUAGUGUCAGUGGGGGGAGGACUAGUGCCCCAUUGUUGGUGUCAGUGGGGGGAGGAAUAGUACCCCAUCGCUGGUGUCAGUUGGGGGGAGGAAUAGUGCCCCAUCGUUGGUGUCAGUGGGGGAGGAAUAGUGCCCCAUCGUUGGUGUCAGUGGGGGGAGGAAUA